AUGAGUCGGCCACGCUUGGGCAGCAAUAGGUACGGCACGCCCUCCAUGUGCUCGGACACGCCGCCGUCUGUGUCUCUGUCUCCAGAUCUGGAUCACUGCGGCACGUCGGUGACGGAGGAGAUGAGCCUAUGCACACCAUCACCACUCAUACCAGCUGAAGUGUCGCCCGAGUUCCGCUGGGAUAUGUUGGUCCAGGAACUAAACGAUGCGUACACCACGUCUGAGGUCAAAAAAGAACCUAUGCCAUUUGUGCCUAUGAGUACGCUUUCAUCUUGUAUAUCCGUGCCUUCUUCACCGGCCUGGCUCCUAUCCACCGAUCCACCAUCGAAACUGAUCGAUCAUACCCAAUCGAAAAGAUCCCUCGCAGAUGCUGUAACGUGCCCACCUAAGCGCAUGCGUUCUGAGAUACCGAAUCUGCUACCGAUGGAGCCUCGACCAAUGGCAGAAAACUUACCGCGGAGAGACGCUGUGCGUGCAUGGCUCUUGGAGCGCCGCGCCCUCCUGCAGAAAGUCCAGGAUGAUGUGUGCCGGGACAUGGCAGGCCUGCGGCGCAACCAGGCGUAUCACGCGGAGCUGCGCGACAAGGUUGGUGCGCGCAUUCGCGAGCUAAAGGAACAUCGCACCGAGGCUGAAGUGUGGCCUAUCGAUGACGACGGGAUAUGGUCGACCUCGUCAGCGCCCAUGUCGUCGGUGGCUGAUUUACUUGAAAAGAAUAUUCUGUGCCUGUAG